GGGGCAGCCGCGACCUUCCGCCUGGCGGCGCAGCCAUGGCAGCCUGUUCCUUUCGGAGGAGCAUCGCUUCCCAGCUUUCAAAGGUUUUGGAUCUGCCACCAGAAAAUUUAAUAAAGUCCAUAUCUGCAGUUCCUGUCUCCAAAAAACGGCAUGUUGCUGAUUUCCAGCUUUCCAUUGCUUCUGUAACAGAAGACAGUUCUAGUGAUUGCUUAGCACAAGACCUUCAUCUUCAAGCUCAGAAGCUAGCUGAAAGGCUGAAGUGUGAUGCUGUAGUGAGAGAAAUCAGCGCUGGUCCAGGAACAGUGAACUUUACCAUAAACAGGGAAUUAUUAGCAAAGACUGUGUUGCAGCAGGUGUUGAAAGAUGGGUCACAGUAUGGAGUAAAAAGUGAACUUUUCUCUACAGUGCCUAGACAAAAGGCAGUGAUUGAGUUCAGCUCCCCUAAUAUUGCCAAAAAGUUUCACGUAGGACAUUUGCGUUCCACAAUAGUAGGGAAUUUUAUAGCAAAUCUCAAAGUUGCACUGGGACAUGAAGUAAUAAGAAUAAAUUACCUUGGUGACUGGGGCAUGCAGUUUGGCUUGUUGGGUGUUGGUUUCCAACAUUUUGGCAACAAAGAAAAGCUAAAAUCCAGUCCUUUACAACACCUUUUUGAGGUGUAUGUGCAGAUUAACAAAGCAGCAGAAGAUGAAAACACAAAAAAGCUGGCUAAGGAUUUCUUUAGAAAACUGGAGGAACAUGAUGAGCAGACAUUGUCGCUUUGGAAACAAUUUAGAGACUUCAGUAUUGAGGAAUACAGCCGAAUUUAUAAGCGUCUAGGAGUGCACUUUGAUGAAUAUUCUGGAGAAUCAUUUUACCACGAAAAGUCCCAGGAAAUUCUAAAGACAUUGGAGGAUAAAGGACUCCUUCAGAAAACAAUAAAAGGGACAGGAAUUGUGGAUCUUUCGGAAAAGAAAGACCUCUCAUCGUUUUCCACCGUCAUGCGUAGUGAUGGGACAUCUCUUUAUAUAACAAGAGAUCUUGCUGCUGCUAUAGACCGAAUGAAUAAGCAUAGCUGUGAUACUAUGAUUUAUGUGACAGAUAAAAGUCAAAGUAAUCACUUUCAACAUUUGUUCCAAAUACUGAAGCUCAUGGGUUAUGACUGGGCAGAAAGGUGCCAGCAUGUGUCUUUUGGUCUAGUUCAAGGCAUGAAGACUCGGAGAGGAGAAGUAAUUUUCCUGGAAGAUGUUUUAAAUGAAGUUCGCUCAAGGAUGUUGCAAAACAUGGCUUCUGCAAAAACAACCAAAGAGGUAGAAGACCCUAUGGAGACAGCAGAGAAAGUUGGUCUUGCAGCACUAAUAAUUCAGGACUUCCGGGGCCUUCUGUCAUCUGAUUAUCAGUUUAGCUGGGAUCGAGCUCUUCAAAGUCGUGGAGAUACAGGCGUGUUCUUGCAGUACACCCAUGCCAGACUCCAUAGUUUAGAACAGAUGCAUGGGAAUGAGCAGCUAACGGACGUUAAUGUGGCAUGCUUGCAAGAGCCAGAUGCCAUCUCUGUUCUUCAGCAUCUUCUCAGGUAUGAUGAGGUCCUAUAUAGAUCUUCUCAGGAUCUGCAACCCAAGCACAUUGUCAGCUACCUCCUCACACUCAGCCAUCUUGCAGCCGUGGCACAUAAAACUCUUCCUGUGAAAGGCAGCGCCCCUGAAUUAGCCCAGGCAAGGCUCUGUCUCUUUCAAGCUGCACGCUUGGUUCUAGCCAGUGGAAUGAAACUUCUUGGAAUUACACCUGUAACUCAAAUGUAAUGAGGCUGUAUGCAAUGUGAAGUCACAUCCUUUAGUAAAAGCAUUUUUUUCAGCAUAAUACUCUCCUGCGUGUCAUUGCUAAUGCAGUGUGGAAACCCUGCCUGCUCUUGGAGGUUUGUACAGCCCAACACACCGACUGCAGAAGGGUUGCGUGGCACAGCCAUUUGGGGGGGGCCAGGGCUGUCACAGUUGCUUUCUCCCAGGCACUUGGUAGGAAUAGUGUACUUUUAAGAUACCAGUCUUCCUGGUAUUUCCCAUAAAAGAGAACUGCUCUGCAUUUACCCUUGUAAAUAUAACAUCCUUUUGGUAGAGGAACUGGUAUUAACUGCACUGCCCCAAGUGAUCAAAGUUCUCCCUGUCUGCAGUUGCCAUUGUGUACUUAGGCCUAGUGUUACAGCUGCCCUAUAACAAACCGGGUUAGUCAGACCCUGCCAGGGAAUUUUUUUCCUGUGUGUUGUACUGCACUCACCCUUCGGUAACAUUAGCCAGGACCAACUGCCAACUCUGUCACAUCCUGUUCCUCACCCAUUCCUCUGUCAUGCCAACGUGAUGACCAGGGAAAAGGGGGGUUGCUGCCCAGCUGGUGGAAGAGGAACUGCAGUGCUCCGUCAGCACCAUACACGCAGUCAGACAUGGCAGCUGCUGCUUGGCACCCCUGAGCCACCACACCGCUGAGGAGAGGUGCAGGUGGCUGUUCCAGCCUCUGAAAUGCCUGACAAUGUCUACCACCACCGAAGCCUUGACUCACCAGAGCCACACUCUGGUGGCACACUGUUCUAGAUGCACAGAACAGCUGGUGAAAGGCAGAGAGGAGCAUCCCCUCCCACCGGAACAGAAUUUAAGUAUGUUUGUGUUUAACACGUCCCACUUCCAAGGAAAACACAGCUGGUUGACUCAUGUCUGAAGGAAUCUAACCAGGACGUAAACUUGGUCACCUUUCUGACUCCACUUUGAAUGUAAAUGAGUUGCCCAAAUGCACCAAAGUCAGUUUUCCCUCAAUGCAGAGUUGCAGUUUCUGGAAGGCCUCAGAAAAUGAGGGAGGAGGUUGAAAUUAUACAGUCGGCACUCAUAAAUUAAAUCAAAGCCUAACAUGCCUUACAGGAACUCUUUUCAGGCAUCACUCUGUGUGCACAAAAAGGCUUAGAGAGAAAACAUACAGAUAGAAAUCUAGUCUGACACUGAGUUGACUCAUUCAUACUUAAGCCAGAGACACAAGAACACAUGUGAACCUUCCCCUGUACAGCUGGGGGUUGAUAAAACGAGGAGGAGAAGAGAGAUCUCUCUACCAGCUACAGCAGGUAUAAAAAACAUUUGAAAGGUGAAAGAAAAUCUGCAAUGUAAGAGAAACACCUGUCUCAUUCUGACUUUUUAAACCAAACAGCAAGUGCUACUUCUAAACACUUCUAGGUAAGUGAUGCUUGAAGAAUUGUUAUUCUGGUGGGGUUGUGUCAUCU